GAAAAACACGACGGGAGAGGAGGACACGUAGGCUGUGUGCAGUCUCAUGUUGUACUGAGCCAAAUGGACAUCAGUUGAAUUAAUUCCAGUGGAUUUCAGACUGCAGUAUUGCUCCGUUUGUUAGUUUAGUAUUUUUUCCUCUCCUGGCAGCUUAAAUGGAGACAGACAGAGAAAGAGGGGUGGUCUUGGCCACAGAGAGAUAUGGCAGCGGAGAGUCCUGGAAGUAUUUUGCAAAGGAUGAAGUGAUGGAGAGGAGAAGAGAUGGGAGUGAUGGUCAAUCAAGAGGAAACUCUAUUGUUGGAGUUUUUAAAAGUGUGUUUCUGCCUCAAGGCUAUCCAGAGAGCGUCAGUGACGAUUACCUGCAGUACCAGUUUUGGGAUACGGUGCAGGCUUUCUCCAGCUCUUUGUCGGGGACUUUAGCAACUCAGGCUUCUCUCAAAGGUGUCGGUGUUGGAAACCAAGAGGCGACAGUAGCUGCAGCCACAGUCACCUGGUUACUAAGAGAUGGAACUGGUAUGUUGGGAAGAAUCCUCUUUGCUUGGCAUAAAGGGAGUAAACUGGACUCUGAGGCCAAAUGGAGGCUUUUUGCUGAUGUUCUCAACGACAUUGCCAUGUUCAUGGAAAUAUUGGCCCCGUACUUUCCUGCUUUCUUCACUGUGAUUGUGUGUACUGCAGGGAUAUUCAAGUCCCUGGUUGGAGUGGCAGGCGGAGCGACUAGAGCUGCUCUGACUGUUCAUCAGGCUCGCAGAGACAACAUGGCAGACAUCUCCGCCAAAGAUGGAAGUCAGGAGACAUUAGUGAAUCUGGCGGGACUGCUGGUCAGUUUCAUGCUCAUUCCCCUCGUCACUGAUAAUCCAAUACUGACGCUCAGCCUCUUCUUCCUCUUCACCAUACUCCACCUCUUUGCCAACUACAAGGCUGUGCGUUCGGUUGUCAUGGAAACCUUCAAUGAGGCACGGCUGUCGAUUGUGCUGCAGCAGUACCUGAGAGACGGACAGAUCCUGAGUCCACUAGAGGCCAAUCAGAGAGAACCAGUUUUAUUGGACUUUUUUUCUAGCAAAAGUGUGCCAAUCAAACUUGGAGUGAGGCUGCAGGAGGUUGCACAAAGCUCAGAGGACCUGCAUUUGGCUUUGAAGGAAAACAACAUGCCUUACCUAUUAGGAGUACGAAAUGGCUGCAUCUGUGUUUGUUUGGGACCUGAAGCGUCAGCACACGAUGAAAUCAGAGCGAUGUGCCAAGCUGUGUGGCUCAGCAGCAAACUGAGCCCUCAGACUCAACAACAGCAAAGUUCCUGGGAAAAUGUGCACGAGAGUCACAAGUUGAUGGACAAAAUUUUCAAUCAGUUCCUCAAAGGUGUGGAAGCUGCUGGAUGGGACACAAAACGAACUCUACUGGACUGGGAUGAGUGGAGGGUCGAGUGGAAAACAAAAACUAACUGAGCUGUGAGAAAUCUGCAGCCAUUUGACAUUGUUUGCAUCAGUUUUUUAAAUGCUCAAAGAGUGAUAUUUGUGUUUAAUUCAUUUUUUAAAUCUCAAUGUGUAUGAUACAAG